GAUGAAUUUGUGUUCAAAGCAAAAAAGUAAAUACUAUAAAACAAAAAUUGAACGAAACUACUAAAAAAUAAUUUACAUAUAUCAGAAAUCUGAAAGAAUUGUGAAUGCAGCCAACAAUAUUUUUACUUUUUCCUGACCUAUAGAAUACCAAUUCGAAGAGCAUUAGAAAUAUCAUAACGUUCUUAUAAACAAACACUUAAGCAGAUCUUAUCUUCCUAAAGUGAAUGGCAACAAACGUUUGGAGAUAAUAUCCAAAGAAUAACCUAUUAACAUAGUAAAGACCACUGAACAUCAUGAAGACUAUAGAUAGAUAUGAUUUGAAUUUGAAACUAAUACAAGCAGUUGAAAAACACGACUGCCUUUAUAAUGUAAAAUCUGCUCAAUAUACAAAAUUCGACUUUAAGGAGCAUCUAUGGAAUACAAUUGGAAAAGAAAUUGGCAUUAGCAGUAAUGAAGCCAAAAGUAAGUGGAAGGGUGUCAGAGAUAGUUACAAAAAAUAUAAACAUAAAGCAAAUGUUGCAGAUGGAUAUCUUAAAAAGUAUAAAUAUGCUGAGGCUUUAAAAUUUCUAGACAACGUCGUUAGCUAUCGACCACAUAAAUGGCUUAACAUGCCCAAAUCAGAUGUAGAGGUCAGUACAGACCUAUCCAGUGAGGAUGAAUUUAUAUAUGAACAAUCAGCUAACGGUCAAACGGAAAGUAAUUUCGAAAUACAAGAAGAUUUUUCGGACACAUCCUCCACGAAAGAAGUUAAGACCGCAGCUGAAAAUAUUGCCACGGAGACUAGCGAAAUAUUACCUACAACAUUAAACAAAGAUGAAAACUUAAUAACAGAAGAGAAAAACGGUGAUAUUGAAUGUCCAACCAUUAACAAUUCUUCCAAAGAAGAUUUAAUGGAGCAAACAAAAGAAAAGGAUUUGAAUGAGCAAUUAAUAGAUGAAGUUAAAAAAUAUGACUGCAUUUACAAUUCAGAGUCUAGCAGAUACAAACAUUUUUCAUAUAAAAAACAUUUGUGGCACAAGAUUGGAAAAAGAUUCGGCUUACCUGCUAAUGUAGUCAAUAAAAAGUGGAAAAAUCUUAAAGAUAGUUAUCGGAAAAGUAAGAUAAAAUUAAUCAGUAAAAGCGGUUUUGUUAAACCAUAUAAAUAUUCGGAAUCUCUAAAAUUCCUAGAUGAUUAUAUUGAAUGCCGACCAUCUAUGAGCAGAGUUGUUAAUGAACCAGAGGUAAGUACCGAUUUGUCAAGCGAUUGUGAUAUGCUCAUGAUAUCUUCAAAAAAACACAAAAGAAGAAAGGAAAGUUAUGGAAAAAUACCAAAUCAUUCGCAAGCAUCAUCUGAGGAAAACAUAGAAAGCGAGCCGGAAUAUCAAAAAACAAUGACAUCCCGCUUGUUUAUGGUACUAGCAAAUAAAGUAAACGAAGCAAAUUUAACCGCACAACAAAAAAAUGCUAUUGAAUUUGGUGUUAGUUCUUUUGUAUAUUCAAAAUUAGCGGAAUAUUUAAAAAAAUAAAUUCUAGUACAACUGUAGAAA